GGAAAGCCCAAAAACGGCCCAGGCGAGGCAAGGCUGCCUCCGUCGUCCCCGAUUCAAUACUCUCUGCGUCUAGUCUAGUAGUUGGAAGAAUCAGGACGGAGUUGCUGUGAGCUGAUUCCAGAAAUUACAUCACCGGAAAAUGGCUUCAGGCGAUUCGAAACCGCAAGAAGGAGACGCCGCAUCUAAACCACCGUCGGCCGAGCGACAAUCACCUUCUCCUUCGCUCUCCGAGAAUUGGAAGGAGCGUAUAUUACUCCCCACACUUGUCGCAGGAGCUGGUGGUGGAGGAUACGGGCUGGUUUCUAAGCAUCGGACAGUACAAGGGUUUCCCCACAUUUCAGCUGCUUACGCUGCUAAUUUCGCCAUUGUCGCUGGCUGCUACUGCGGUAAUGAUCUUCCCAUCCUAUUCUCGAAUUUCCUUUGCUUUUGACGAAAACAGCAACAUAGGAGAACUCCGGGUGUUCCCUUGACCUGAACUUAGGCUAGUUUUCUGAUAUUUUUCUGGAAGAAUGACAUAGCAAUAAAGCUAUUUUGUUCUAAUUCUUGGGAAGACCCCAUUUUGUUCAUGUUGAUCCCACUCUUGAUUUCUUGCGUGGUUGAUGCUGGAAUAGUUUUUCGGUUUCUCUUCGAAUUAGUUGAAUUCACUCUCUUGUUCUGCAUUUCUUUGAAGCAAUAAGCUGGCCUGGCAUUAACUAGUUACUAUGCCUCACGGUUUGCAAAAAAAUUGUUUGGUCUGUAAUAACAUCAGAAUUCAGAAGAUUAUCCUGAGGAUCACUUGAAUGGUGUUCUUCAUAAGCAUAUAGGAAUUUACUACCCGCGUCUAGAAUAAUGCAGGUGAAUUAGUUUGCUAAUAAGAUUUCGUUUCGACUGGACGAGUGGGCACCAGGAUCAUUUCGAGAAUUGUAAUAAGCUCUAGGAAGUACUGUGCAAGUAUGUUUUGUGAUCAAAACUCUAUUUUGUCCCCGUGCGUUUAGUUAUGUUCGUACACAAUUCUUGAUCUACCCGAUUUACUGCAACGGUUUUAUCUACAGGAGCAAGGGAAUUCGUAAGAGUAACGCGGAAAUCAGGCCCUGAUGAUCUGCUAAACUCUGCCAUUGCUGGUUUCAGUACUGGUGCUCUUCUUGGACGUCUUCAAGGUGGCCAACUGGGCGCUAUUCGCUACUCAUUCAUCUUCGCUAUUGCUGGGACCUCAGUUGAUUUCGCUACCAUUAAACUAAGACCCAAACUAAGGAGUCUAAAAGAAUCCAUAUUUGGCGACGAGAAAAACGAAGGCGGAGGAUGGAAGUUGCCUGUAUGGUCUCCAAUACAAGUGCUCGAUGAGGAUGCUCUGGCCAAGAAAGAAGCUCGAGAGAAACAACUUAAAGCACAAAGAUUAGCUCUGAUCAAGUUAACCAAAGAAGAGUCAUGAAAAAGCAAGAAGACCCAUAUUUUGCCUUUCUGCUCCGAGUUCCUGUUAUUUUUAGAUGCCUGCCUUUGGUUAGCAACCUGCAACCUGUUGAGGAGCUCUCUAAAUCGUUUUUUCUGCUAGCAUUUCCUGCAACAGUAACUCAGCAAGCUGUGAGUUCUCAAUUCUCAUAUUGUACAAAAGAAGUUGCAAGGCCUAAUACAUGACCCGACCUCUGUGGACUGCAUUUUCCCAACAAGAGCUGUGAAUGUAGCGUGUUAUCUAAGGCAUAAUACAUGGUUACUUCUGGUUCCGGUUUGUUCUUAUGGAUUUGCAUGUUUUUGCC